AUGCGUGCCUUUAUCCCCGUCCUCGCCCUCGCCGCUGCUGCUUCUGCUACCCAAAUGGGAGCUAUGAGCGACGCCCAAUCCUGUGCUAUGCAAACUCUCCUGUCUAGCACAGCGUGCAACACCGGUAACGCUGCCUGUCUGUGCUCCAACGAGGCUCGUGAAGCGGUCAUGGGCGAGAUCAAGAACGCCUGCGGCUCUGAGCAAAGUGAACAAACUGAGAGACUCGCCACCCAAGCCUGCCGCGUGAAGAAGGCUCGCCGCGCCUACGCCCCCUCUGGCACCACCGAGCACGGCACCGCUGCCUCACCAUCCGCCAGCGCUGCUCGCAUCAACGGCGUCCAAGAAGAAUCUGACUCCCAGGGAUGCACCUGCGCCAACACAAAGGCCGCAAAUACUCCAAAUGCCCUAAAUGCUCCAAAUACACCUGAACAGGAAGACCCAGCCGACAAGACCACAACUAACAAGAUGAACGGCGCUCAAUCCGGCGCUGAGAGCAGUCGAGUCCACGCGUCUAGUAUGAUGGCCACACCCUCGUCCUCUGCAGCCCGCCACGGUGCCAUGACCACUCCUACUUCAUCUCGCGUUGCUACGCCAAGCGGCGCUGAUGCCUUCGCGCCCUUCAGGGGUGCCGGAGUCCAGACCAUCCCGAGCUUGACUGUCGUCGCCGGUGGUGUCUUCGCCGGUAUCGUCGGUGUUUUUGCGGCUCUGUGA